AUGUGCUUCUUCAACUUGUAUCAUUGGCUGGAGGGGAUCAGAUCACUUUUCGUAUCCAUUCAGAUCAAGGUCAAACCGCGUUGGCAUGUGAUCACAAAGCCGGAUUCAGGACCCGAAGAGAUCUUGACGGUAGAACAGAAGCAAGGUGGGCAUAUCAUGCAAGUUGACGAUGUGCUGGCAAGGCUCCGACAACUUUUGGAUAGGACGCGUACUCCUGACUCGGUGCGCGAUAUCUUUAACUUGUACGGACACGGAUUGCUGGUUCAAGAAGAAACUGCAGAGGCCCAUCAGGUGCAAUGCGAGGAAAGUGAGGAAUCAUUUGGUCACAAGUUCAUGCGAGCGGUUGCAUGCAGAGCAGUGUUAACUUCAACAAAACUUGAAGUUGACAAGCCUGAGAAGUACAUCACAAGGACCGACGAGGAGGAGCAUGAAACGGAAGAGAUCUUUCAACAGUUGAUGCGUGAAGCGGAGCAACGGCGUGGAUCAGCUGAGGUGGUACUCUUGCCAGUACGAGUGGGUCAUGAACGCGAGGAUCUGCAAUUGGAGGAACCGACUUGGAUAGCAGGUGCAGCAGACAUCUCGACAGCAUUUCUCAAUACCGUGCUACAACGAGGUGAAGCACCACUCUUGGAACCGCCGGCCAUCAUGAGACGCUUGAAUCUUGUGCCACGUGGGGUGAAAUACCUUCCCUUAAAGGCGCUUUAUGGCUUGCGAAUCUCCCCAAAAGAAUGGUCGAGGGACCGGGAUGCUACUCUGAACGGGAGCGUUAUCAAACCUCGGACAGGUGAUGUGAUGCCGGCGGUGAGGUGUCUGGAGUACAUUGGGCAGAAGUGGACAUUGAAACUCCAGGGGUACAUCAGCCGAAAAGAGUGUGACAUCAAGU